UCCACACCCAACAACCUUCGCCUCCCUCUCUGCCCUUUGUUCAUUCUUUCACUUCUCAGCUAAACUCAGGUGGGUCCCUUCUCCGCCGUAUCUUGGUAUCUGCUCGUCGGAGAAAGCAUGGCUGACUCACCCUCUCCGGCGCCUGAGCAACCCUUGCUGGAUUCUGAUGAUUCGCAGUACUGGUGCUACCACUGCGAGAAGCGUGUGUCCGUAGAAACGCAUCCGGAGGGCCCUGACAUUCUCUGUCGCGAGUGCAAGCAUGGCUUCGUCGAAUCGAUUGCUUCCCCGUCUUUGGCUCCUCCCUCUACGACUUCUGAUCUGAUCGACGAUCCUCAUUUCGAAUCGCAAUUCCUGCGCGUACUUCGUCUACUUGCAGAAUCGGCGCGUGAUGAAGACGCGCCUCCACCUCCGUCUCGAAACCGCUCCUCAGGCGAUGAUAUUCUCAGGGUUGAGUUCGAGGAUUGGGAUGAUGAUGGAGAAAGCAGCAACAACAAUAACAACGACGAGGACGACGAAGAUGAUGGGGUGGAGUUUCACGAUGAAGGAGAAGAGCAGGAAGGUGCCGAAGAGCACGAAGAUCGACUAGGAGAAGAGGACCCAAGUGGAGAUGAAACCGAAGAAGAUCUGAGAAGGAGGAGUAUGCGGAACCGGAUCAGAGACUUGACCAGUCGGAUCAGAGAUUUGGCAACCGGCACGAGGAGCAGGAGGAACAGGAUCUUGGACUGGGCUGAUAUACUGAUGGGUCUUGAAGACAAUUCCAUAGAGCUGAGACUUCAGGUACCUGAUUCGGAUCGAUUUUUCGGGAACCCGGGAGAUUACGUCGAUGCUGCUGAUUAUGAAGCUCUGCUGCUGACCAUGGCGGAAAGCGACGGAAGCGGGAGAAGAGGGGCUCCACCGGCUGCAAAAUCUGCAGUGGAGUCGCUGCCGACGGUGGAGAUUGUCUCAGAGGAUCAAGCUUUGGUGUGCGCGAUAUGCAAAGAUAUGGUGGGUGUGGGAAGCAUGGCAAAGCGAUUGCCCUGUGGACAUCAGUACCAUGGGGACUGCAUAGUGCCCUGGUUGGGCUCCAGAAACUCAUGCCCAGUGUGCAGGUUUGAGCUUCCAACGGAUGACCAGGACUAUGAGGAGGAAAGGAAGAAGAAGGUGAUUACCUCUACUGCUAAUGGGGCAUCAGGUUCUGGUGGAACCGAUGCGAUAUCGGGUUGAUUUCUAAAUGGUAUGUUCUAUACUAUUUAUGUAAUAUAUUAUAUUUGGUGAUUUUCAUCUUCUUUGCAAACUUUUUCACUUGCCUACUACGGUUUUCUUUUUCUUUUCUUUUUUCCCUUCCUCUUUAAUUGAAACUUGCGCAAUGUUGUUUACUGGAAGUUUCAUGAAGCUAGCUCUUUAGCUCACUUUGUAUAUAGAAUUUGGAUCCACAUGAUCACACCGCUUCAAUGCAAUUUCAAGUUUCCUCCUGUGCCACGUGCUGAUUUUGCUAAGCA